AUGGCGCGGAACUUGUGGCUGCCAAUAACAGGCGGGUCGGUGGAGGAGAUCAUCUCGGCGCACGCUGACCCGCUCGCUCUCCUGGAGAGUGGUGCGGUGCCUGCUCUCGUCGUGCGCCGUGCGCUAGCAGCACCUGCGCUGACGACAGUCUUGUCGCGGCUGCAAGGGCAGCCGUGGCAGAGGAGGACAGCCUCCUAUAAGACGUUGGGCGUCGAUUUGGGUGCCUAUUUGGGCCGCUACCCGCACCCUCUAGAUUUGCUGCGGGCCGAAGUCCACUCCACUUGCACCAAAACGACCGACCUUCAGAGGCAUCACGCCAACGCCACUGCCGCCUUUGAUCUCGCGGCGAAGAGAGCAGGCCUGUACGCCCCGGUGGAGGCGCUGCACCGCACUCUGCGUGCGCUCUUUGCCGCGAGGUCUGCGGCUGCUGAGGCCGACUUCCUCCCGGCUCCGGGCGUCUUUCGCAUGCACCGCCCGGGCAACCGCUUCGCGCCGCACGCAGACACCAUCCACGCUGCAGAGUGGAGCAGUGCGUGCGGAGGAAAGCGGCCGAGGCGAGGCGUGGCGCCAAACUUCCGCCCUCUCCGCCGCCUUCGGCACCAGCUCUCUGCCCUCGUGUCGCUGCAGCAGCCCAGAUCCGGGGGAGAGCUGCGGCUCUUUAGCACCAACUGGGAGGCCCUCAUGUCAACUUGCAACCAGCGCGGCGUGGCCUACGACGUGGGAAUCGCCUUCCCUCACUGGCCGCGCGCGGCAGCCAUGCUGCACCCGCGCGAGUACAACCUCACCGUCACGCCGGGCGACGUCUUCAUCUUCAACAGCAAUCGCGUGCACGAGGUGCUGCCGGUGGUGGGUCAGCAGCCGCGCCUCGUGCUCGGGUCCUUUGUGGGGUACUCGCACUCGCCGCGUGAGGAGAUGAGGAUGUGGUCUUGA